CUGACCCUGAUCUCUGAUUCUGUUUCUGUCAUUCUGACUGAUUGAAAAUUAAAAUAGAUUAGAAGGUUAGCCUCAAUUUGCCUAGAAAAAGGCAACACUGCUGCUGCUCCCUGCUCCUUAGAACACCUAGGACUUAUAGUUAGGCACGAAAAAUGGCGACUCUACUCCCUCGUUCUCUUGGCCUUGUAGAAAAUGUAUUUUUAAAAAAUGGACGUAAGAUACUGGCCCCAACAUCAGGCAGCAGACUAACAAAUAAACAACAAAUCAGAAAUCUAAAUGUCCAUGAAUACAUCAGCUAUACUUUACUGCGUGACCAUGGUAUACCUGUCCCAAAAUUUAAUGUUGCAAAGACCAAGGAAGAUGCUGUUAAAUUUGCUACAGAACUUAACACCAAAGAUAUUGUACUCAAGGCACAGGUCCUUGCUGGAGGCCGUGGACGGGGAUCAUUUAAAAAUGGUCUUAAGGGAGGAGUUCGCAUGGUUGACAAUCCAGAAACUGCUGGUGAUAUAGCUGGUAAAAUGCUGAAUCAAUAUUUGGUGACCAAACAGACGGGGGCUGCAGGCCGCAUUUGUAACAUGGUCAUGGUUACUGAGAGAAAAUUCCCUCGCAGAGAAUUCUAUGUGGCAAUCAUGAUGGAGCGUAGCUUUAAUGGACCUGUUAUAAUUGCAUCAUCACAAGGUGGUGUGAAUAUAGAGGAUGUCGCUGCAGAGAACCCGGAUGCCAUUACCUACGAGCCCAUUGAUAUUAUGAAGGGCAUCACCGAUGAACAAAUAUGCAGAGUUGUCGAGAAGAUUGGUCUCAGUGAUCAUGCAGAGGAAGCACACGGAAUGAUUAAAAAAAUGUAUGAUCUAUUUUUAAAAAAAGAUGCUCUACUGAUUGAAGUGAACCCUUAUGCCGAGGAUGCAAUUACUGGCAAAUACUUCUGUUUAGAUGCCAAAUUCCGUUUUGAUGACAAUGCAGAUUUCAGACAGAAGGAAUUAUUUGCUCUAAGGGAUAUCACUCAAGAGGAUCCAAAGGAAAUUGAGGCCGCUAAAUUUAACCUCAAUUAUAUUGCUCUCGAUGGCAACAUUGGGUGCAUGGUGAAUGGGGCGGGGCUGGCCAUGGCCACCAUGGACAUCAUCAAGCUGUACGGCGGCGACCCCGCCAACUUCCUUGACGUCGGCGGCGGCGCUACCGCACAAGCCGUCUCCGAGGCAUUUAAGAUCAUCCUGUCCGACCCGAAGGUGUCGGCCAUCCUGGUAAACAUUUUCGGUGGUAUCAUGCGCUGCGAUGUGAUCGCGGAGGGCAUCAUCACCGCCGCCAAGAACCUCAACAUACAGAUACCAGUCAUCGUACGUCUGCAGGGUACUAAAGUGAACGAGGCCCGCAAACUGAUAGCAGACUCUGGUCUGCGCAUUGUGCCGCGCGAUGACCUGGACGAGGCGGCACAGCUGGUGGUGCAGCUGUCGGAGAUUGUCGCACUCGCAAAGAAGGCCGGUGUCGAGGUGCAGUUCGACAUACCACGAUACAUGAUCGAGAAGUAGAUCACAGUAUUACUUAGUCUCACGCUGACGUACCGAGGCAAAUUACCACCUUCAAUA